AUGGCAUAUCAUACUAAUCUAUAUGUGAUUCAAAAAUGUAUUACUAGAUUUAAACCUACUGAUAUGCACGAAGUGAAACGUUUAAUCGGUAUUCAUAUCAUAAUGAGUAAUUUAAAAUAUCCACGUGUACGUUUGUAUCGGCAAAAACAUUUUGAAGUAAAUUUAGUUGCUCAAAAUAUGACCAGAGGCAGGUUUUUUUCUUUGCGUAAUAAUUUACAUAUCGUCGACAACAAUGAAAUUCCUAAUGGAAACAAAGACAAAUUUAUAAAAGUCAGGUCGUUGUAUACUGCUCUCCAAAAAAAAUGUAAUUGUCUACCAAUCGAAAGAAACUUGUGUGUCGACGAGCAGAUGGUUCCCUUCAAAGGGCAACUAUCUAUAAAACAAUAUAUGAAGGGAAAACCUAUUAAAUGGGGAGUAAAAGUUUUUCUAUUAUGUGUCAAAAGUGGGACGAUUUAUAAUAUUUUGCCGUUUCAAGGGUAUUAUGAAUUGGACCAAGACUUAAUAAAAACAGUUGGUUCUGGAGCUAGUGUUGUAUUGUAUCUUACGCAAAACGUGAAGCCAAAUCGAUAUUUUUUGUUUUUGGGUAAUUUUUUUUCUUCGUUUGGCUUAUUUGAAAGAUUACAACAACUUCAAAUUUAUGCUGCUGGGACAAUUCGAACAAAUUGGUUUGCUAACCCACCAUUGUUGAGUGACAAAGAAAUGCGUAAACUGGGCAGAGGAACCACAUUCGAGGUAUCAACUGAUGUACCUGGCUGUAAUAUUGGCAUUGUAAAAUGGUUCGACAAUAAAGCAGUAAAUUUAGGGUCAAAUUUCUCAGCCUCUGGUGAAGUAGACCGUGUAACUCGUUGGGACAAAAAAAAAAACGGUUUGUUGAUAUUGAAAGGCCCGAAAUAG